CCCCAAUGGUGAAUUCUACCUUUAUUAAUGAAAGAAAUGUAGUAUAUACCCGCACUCCAGCUAAGACAGGGUGAACCUUAUCGUAACCAUGUUUCUUCUGCAAGUGUCUCGAAUAUCGGUUUGUCUGUGUAUAUGUGUAUCAUAUACUUCCACAUGUGAUACUCAUUCAUCUACACAGCAACGAGCAGCAAUGAUGUUAGUUUAUUAUGGAAAUCUUACUAGUUUACAAUGCAGUAAUGCCAAGGAUCAUGAUGCUGUGCUCGUAUAUACAUAUUUAAUCUGCGUAUUAGACAAAUGUAGCACCGAUACUUAUACUAAAUUUUAGUCAACCACUACCAUGAUUGAAUAAAGAAGCUGCAG